UAGACCCCCCCCCCCCCGCGCCGACUCGACGCCUCUUUGCUCCGAAGCGACAACCGCGGCUCAGGUCUCCCGUCCGUCCGCAUACGACACCACACACGAGCUCUACGCCGCGUUCAGACAGGAUGGCAGUGCAGCACCCUCAGUUCGAGCUGGCCGGACAGAAGCCGGGCCUCCAGGUGUGGAGGGUGGAGAGCUUCGACCUGGUGCCCGUCCCCGAGAACCUGUACGGGGGCUUUUACACGGGAGACGCCUACCUGCUCCUCAACACCAUCAAGCAGCGCUCCGGGAACCUGCAGUACGACCUCCACUUCUGGCUGGGAGAUUUCUGCAGCCAGGAUGAGCGCAGCGCGGCGGCCAUCUUUACGGUCCAGAUGGACGACUUCCUGGGGGGGAAACCCAUCCAGUACCGCGAGGUCCAGGGACACGAGUCCAAGACCUUUCUUGGCUACUUCAAGUCUGGAAUCACAUACAUGAAAGGGGGCGUGGCCUCCGGGUUCAAGCACGUGGUCACCAACGAGGUGGUCGUGCAGCGGCUGCUCCAGGUCAAAGGUCGCCGCUCGGUCCGGGCAACGGAGGUGACGGUCAGCUGGGACAGCUUCAACCAGGGAGACUGCUUCAUCCUGGACCUGGGGGCUGAGAUCUACCAGUGGUGCGGCUCCCAGAGCAACCGCUUCGAGAAGCUGAAGGCCACCCAGGUGGCCAAGGGUAUCCGUGACAACGAGCGCAGCGGCAGGUCCAGGGUUUACGUGUGCGACGAGGGGGCGGAGAGAGAGAAGAUGGCCGAGGUGUUGGGCCCGAAACCGGAUCUUCCCGCCGGGGUCUCUGACGACAUCAAAGCCGACGCUUCAAACAGGAAGAUGGCCAAACUCUACAAGGUGUCCAACGCCAACGGGGACAUGGCCAUCGCGCUGGUGGCCGCCGAGAACCCGUUCGCCCAGAGCGCCCUGGAGUCCGGCGACUGCUUCAUCCUGGACCACGGCUCCGACGGGAAGAUCUUCGUCUGGAAAGGCCAAGACGCCAACAUGGACGAGCGAAAGGAGGCGAUGAAAGCGGCGGACGAGUUCAUCGAGAAGAUGGGUUACGCCAAACACACGCAGGUCCAGAUCCUGCCGGAGAUGGGCGAGACGCCGCUCUUCAAGCAGUUCUUCAAGAACUGGCGCGACCGAGAGCAGACGGUGGGGAUGGGCGUGGCCUACAUCGCCAACAGCAUCGCCAACAUCGAGAAGGUGGCGUUCGACGCGGCCGGCCUGCACGACUCGGCCGCCAUGGCCGCCCAGCACGGCAUGGUGGACGACGGCACGGGAGAGAAGCAGAUCUGGCGCAUUGAGGCGUCCGACAAGGUGCCGGUGGACCCGUCCACACACGGACAGUUCUACGGCGGAGACAGCUACAUCAUCCUGUAUAACUACAGCCACGGGGGACGCCAGGGACACAUCGUCUACAUGUGGCAGGGGGCGGACUCCAGCCACGACGAGAUCGGGGCCUCGGCGAUCCUCGCCGCCCAGCUGGACGACGAGCUGGGCGGCGGCCCCGUGCAGGUGAGGGUGGUGCAGGGCAAAGAGCCGGCCCACCUGAUGAGUCUGUUCGGAGGCCGGCCCAUGGUGGUGUACAAGGGCGGCACGUCCCGAGAGGGGGGGCAGUCGGCGCCCGAGGAGACGCGACUCUUCCAGGUGCGCUCCAACUCGACGGGACACACCAGAGCCGUGGAGCUCGACGCGGCGUCAUCCAACCUGAACUCCAACGACGCUUUUAUUCUGGUGACCCCCGGCGGCUCCUUCCUGUGGAUGGGCGUCGGCGCCAGCGACGCCGAGAAGCACGGAGCCCAGCAGAUGUGCGACAUCCUGGGGGUGUCGGCCUCGGAGCUGUCCGAGGGAGGAGAGACCGACGAGUUCUGGGAGGCUCUUGGAGGAAAGGCGGACUAUCGCACUUCCACCCGACUCAAGGACAAGAUGGACGCUCACCCACCGCGACUCUUCGCCUGCUCCAAUAAGACUGGAAACUUCAUCAUUGAGGAGGUACCCGGCGAGAUGACCCAGGACGACCUCGCCACCGAUGAUGUCAUGAUCCUGGACGCCUGGGAUCAGGUGUUCGUCUGGAUCGGACUCGAGGCCCAAGAGGAGGAGAAGACGGAGGCGAUGGCGUCCGCGGCCCGUUACAUCGAGACGGACCCGGCCAACCGGGACCGCCGGACGCCCGUCGUCAAGAUCAAGCAGGGCUACGAGCCGCCCACCUUCACCGGCUGGUUCCUGGGCUGGGACCACGAGUACUGGACCAGCGACCCCCUGGAGCGCGCCAUGGCCGAGCUGGCCCUGUGAGACUCUCACCUCCCCCCCAAUCAAUCAGCCCUUUGACCUUUGACCCCCACUUCGCCACAAACUGCUUCUUUUUUUGCCGCCAAUGCGCCCAGAAAACCUUUUAAAGCUUUUUUGAUUUGAUGUUUUUUUUCAGGCUCCUGGUUGAUGUCGUGUUUUAGUUCACUUGGUCUCUCGACCAAUAGAAAUAGAGCUUGAGCAGAGGCUCAGGCUGCUUGUAGGGUUAGCACUUAACAGUUUGCGAUUUUUAUUGAAGUACAUUUAUUUUAUAUACAGGUGGACCGAGUCCAACAGUCUUGGCGUGUUGCAACAUCAGAAAAGACGUUGCCAUGGAAACACAAUCAAUGCCUUAAUAUUUGUUCCUCUGGUUUCCUGCUUUUUUAAUUAUUUCUUUUAAUAUAAAGAUUCCGUUUCAGUUCUAGAGAUCGGUUGUCUCCAGUUAUCUCACAAUAUUUAUUAUUUUUUAUACACAACAGCCUUAUGUCCAGGAAAGCUUGUGAUGAUGUAAUCGCCAACAGGAACCCAACGCUUCGCCGCUUUUCAGUCCAGACGUGUCGUCCUCCGCGGCGCUUCCUGACGUUAGAAUUUCAAUAAAAACGUGUCACGUGUUUCAAACACCGAUCCCAAAAGAAUAAUAAAAAAACAGACAAAAAUG